AUGGAAGUCUCAUCCACUCACUUGUCACCGGCUCGGUCGCAGGCUAAUCUGGACCGUCUAUCCGUUGCUGGUAUCGUCACCCAGCACUCGAAAACUGCCCUCCGAUGCGGGGCGUUGACGGUCGUUCGCCGACCUGGUCCCAUACAACGGCAGCGUAUAUCUGCGGGGGAGGGGAGCUGCUCUCCGCGGGAGGGGCCUACAAAAACCGAAGAAGCUCGCCGCUGCUCCGAGCAGCGUAUCAUCCGUUUCUUAUUCACAAUGGCUCCGACACAGCGCGUUGUCAUCAUCGGCGCCGGGAUCGUGGGCACCAAUAUCGCUGAUGAGCUCGUCUCGCGCGGAUGGUCAGAUAUCACCGUCGUUGAGCAGGGCCCCCUGCACAUGCCAGGCGGGUCUACCUCGCAUGCGCCGGGACUCGUUUUCCAGACUACCCCGUCGAAGACGAUGUCCUCUCUCGCCCGCUACACAGUCGAGAAAUUAUUAUCGAUUGAAAAGGACGGGGUCAAUUGCUUCAACCAGGUAGGUGGUCUGGAGGUCGCCACCACCCCAGCCCGACUGGAGGACUUGAAGCGGAAACAUGGAUAUGCUACUUCGUGGGGCAUCGAAGCGCACUUGAUCAGCGCCGAGGAAUGCAUUCAGAAAUACCCCCACCUUAACAAGGAUGUCGUGCUAGGUGGCCUCCUCAUUCCCUCCGAUGGCCUCGCCCUCGCUGCUCGCGCAACACAAUUACUUAUCGAGCGAACGAGCAAAGCUGGAGUGCGGUACCUGGGAGGAACACCCGUGACUGGAAUCGAAAAAGCAGGCCGUCGUGUAACGGGGGUGACCACUCCCAACGGAACCAUCUCUGCCGAUAUCAUCAUCUCUUGUGCCGGAUUCUGGGGGGUCGAGUUGGGCGCCAUGGUUGGCGUGUCGAUUCCCUUGCUCCCUUUGGCUCAUCAAUAUGCGAAGACUACCGCCGUUCCGUCUCUUGUUGGACGCGAGCUCAACAAGAACAUGAAUGGGAAGAAUGCUACCCUCCCGAUUCUCAGACACCAAGACCAAGACCUUUACUACCGAGAGCAUGGAGACCAGUACGGUAUUGGGUACUAUGGGCACCGGCCUAUGCCAGUCGUAGCAGCCUCGCUAGGUACAACAUCGGCAAACGUGGACGAGAAGAACAUGCCGUCGCGCCUUGAAUUUACCGAGGAGGACUUCGACCCUGCCUGGCAAGAAACGAAGAAGCUCCUCCCUAUGCUCAAGGAUACGCAGAUCGCGGACGGCUUCAACGGCAUCUUUUCCUUCACUCCGGAUGGCGGUCCCCUUGUUGGACAAGCACCCGGCUUGGACAACUUCUGGGUCGCCGAAGCCGUCUGGGUCACCCAUUCGUGUGGUGUCGCUAGAGCCGUGGCGGAGGUUCUCACUACUGGGCGGUCGCAAAUCGAUCUGACUGAGUGUGAGUUAUCACGGUUCGAGGACAUCCAGCUUAGCCGUGAUUACAUCAACGAGACUUCUGCACAGAACUUUGUCGAGAUUUACGACAUCAUUCACCCCUCACAGCCCAGGGAAUCGCCUCGCGAUCUCCGAUUGAGUCCAUUCAACUCGCGCGAGAAGGAUCUGGGUGCUUACUUCCUCGAAUUGGGCGGCUGGGAGCGCCCAUUCUGGUACGAGGCCAACAGAGAUCUGAUUAAAUCUCUCCCAGCAGAGUGGAGACCUGUUGAAAGAGAUGCCUGGUCUGCCAGGUUCCAUUCCCCUAUUGUGGCUGUAGAGGCCUGGAAGACGCGCAAUGCGGUUGCCAUGUAUGAUAUGACUUCAUUCCACCGCUUCGAGGUGUCCGGUCCGGGCGCUGUCCACCUCCUUCAACGACUGACGACCGGCGAUAUCGCCACCAAGGUCGGUGUCAUCACCUAUGCCCUUCUCCUAAACGACCACGGAGGCAUUCGGGGCGACAUCUUUGUCACGCGCCUCGAGGAGGACUUGUUCCAAAUCGGCGCCAACAGCGCAAGCGACUUUGCAUACCUGUCACGCGAGGCCCACCGUCAAGGACAAUGGGUGCAAGUGCGCGAGAUCACCGGUAGCACCUGUUGCAUCGGUCUUCGGGGCCCUCGCUCUCGGGAUGUCAUCACUUCCAUCACCAGUGACGAUUUCUCCAACCAGGGCUUCCCAUAUUUCACUGCUAAACACGCCACCAUCAACGGAGUCCCCGUCACUGCUCUGCGCAAAUCCUACGUCGGCGAACUGGGCUGGGAAAUCCAGACCAGCGCCGAGUACGGCUCACGGCUUUGGGAUGCGAUCUGGAACGCUGGACAGACACAUGGUCUAAUUGCCGCCGGCCGGGCUGCCUUUAACUCACUACGCAUCGAGAAGGGAUACCGCAGCUACGGCGCCGACAUGACCACCGAGCACAACCCUUACGAGGCCGGAGUCUCCCACGCAAUCCGCAACAGCAAGUGGGAAGACUACGUUGGAAGAAGCUCCCUGGAGCGCCUGUCGAAAACAAAACCGACACGAUAUCUGCGCUGUCUCACGGUUGAUGACGGACGCUCAAUGGUUCUAGGAAAGGAGCCUGUGUUUGUUGGUGGCAAGGCUGCCGGCUAUGUCACCACGGCCGCAUUUGGAUAUACUGUUGGGAAGCCAGUUGCCUAUGCCUGGUUGCCUAGCAGCGUGUCUCUGGGUCAGAGUGUCGAGAUCGAGUACUUCGGCCGUCGCAUUAAGGCCACUGUUACCGCCGAGGCCUUGUACGAUCCCGACGACAAACGCCUGUUGGACGAGAAGCCAUCAAUUGAUCCGGCGCUCCACACACCAUUGCGAUCUCGGCUAUGA